CGCAGAAUCAUCUCAACCGAAAGUAGAUUUAAUGUCAUCUGCACGUGAUCUUAAUUUAGUUUAUAAGUAUCCAUAACGAAGAACCGUUCCAGCAAUUUCACAACUUACAAUGGGGGAAUUUUUAAUUUACACUGUUUCAGCCUUUAUAACGACUAUUUUGCUCUGUGGUGUUUGUGGUGAGCACCCGACAGUAUAUGUUACACAAGAAUGUGAUCAACUCGUAAACAUCUCUGAAGAAAGCAUUGUGAGGCUUGCUCCUGAGUCUACACCUAUAAACAUCACUGACUGUAGAAUGAAUCUCAGACCCACCAUUACCAACAGAACAGAUUCAGAAAUACUCCAAUCAGGGAUGGUUCUAACGAUUGAUUACAUAAGACUGUCCCCACGAAUUGAAGGAGCAUGUCUAAAUAAUAGUAUCAACAUUUAUGAUGGCUCUGAAAAAUUGAAUAAGCAGGAUUUAUGCGGAAGACAUUUGGAUCAGAGUACUUAUGCCACCAAUAGCACCGCUCACAAAGAGAUGGGAAUAGAACUGAAAUCACAUGGUUUACAACAAGGGAUCAAAUUUAAGGCUUUUGCUACUCCAUUUCACAAAGCACCCUGCUAUUCCAAUGAAUUCCACUGUGAAAAUGGUCGCUGUAUCGCUGUCGGUCUCAUCUGCAACAAACGUAACAACUGCGGCGACGGCAGCGAUGAGUACAAUUCACUAUGUGCAGCGUUGUACCUCACAGCAGCCGCCAUCAUUGGCAUCAUCGUAGGAGUGUUCUUUGCUAUCCUUAUCAUUCCUUUCCUUGUCAUCUGCCUGUGCUGUAGGACGAAGAGGCGCCGCCGCGUCAUGUAUCAGCGGAUAUAGUCUGUUUAGUCAGUUUGCGAAAUCCCACAUCGAUGUCUGACUUUAGUUUGAGUUUAUCUCAUGAACAACUUGUUGAACCAUGUUUUAUUUUGUUUUUCUUUUCAUUUUUUAUUUGUGAUAUGUUACAUUUUGUACAAUAUAUGAAUCAUUAGAAUGCUCGACUUAAAUUUUGCAUUUGUGAUCAUGUUUUAAUACCUUCAUUUUUAUAACAUUUUCUCUUAAUAUGAUGCAUAGAAUUAUUUCUUUUUUCAUGUAAUGAUUAGAUGGAACAAUGUAGAGUUGCAAACUGGUAGUGGAAUACUGUAGCACAAAUAACAUUGUGAAUACAAAUACUUUUUUUUUACUCUAAGAUAUGUUGCUUGCCUGGUACCCAAGGCCUUUCCCGGGUCCGUGCUUCGACAGACCUCGGGUACCAGGCUAAUAUGUUGCUCUCUUUGAUUUUCUUGGAGUAUUUUCUGUUAUGAUACUUCUGCUGAUACCUCUACUCAACUUUGCCUCGGGAAAUAGUCCUGACCUCGGGGAACUGGAAUCUUGCCAACUUCCUCCAUGAUAUUCUUUAACUGUAUACAUGUUCUAUGAUUUAAUGUUAAAAUUUUUGUCUUUUUUAAGAUAACAAGUGCCAUAAAUUGCCUCUCCUUUAAGAAUCUGUGCAUUUUUUUUUCAACAUAAUAUUCAGGAAUGUGAAUACACUGUAUUUUUAUUUUAUAAUUCAUUGAAGUUUAAAAUCAUAAAUCGUAUUUGAGUGUUGUUCUUAAUGCAUUUUCUUUAUUUUGUUCGAUUUUCUAAUAUAAACAAUGACUGUUUGAAGAAUAAACUAUGAUUUCUAUUUUCCUAUUUGUUUUGUUAAGUGAAGUAAGAAAUGAAAACUGACAUUUCAUAAUAUAGAUAUUUUUAAUUUUCGGAUAUUUUUUUUUUAUCUGCGCACACUAGGAAAAACCUUUCAGUAUACCGUAACUGAAUAUUGUAUCAGCGGAUAUAGACUGUUUAGCCAGUUUGCGAAACCCCACAUCUGACUUCAGUUUGACCUUAUCUCAUGAACAACUUAUGUCCAUGCCCAUUUUUUUUUAAAAAAUUUUUAUGUGUGAUAUGUGAACAGGGUCACUCUAUUAAUGUUUGUGAAUAUUUACAUAUUGUACAAUACAGGGGUCAUAGGAAUGCUUGACUUAAACUUUGCAUUUUUGUGAUCAUGCUUGUUUCAUUAAAUUCAUUUUUACAACAUUUUCUUUAAUAUGUUGUAUAUAUAUAUUUUUUAAAUAUUAGGUUUAAUGAAACAAUGUAGAGUUGCAAACUGGUAGUGUGAUAGCACAAACAACAUUGUAUUACUUUGUAUUUUCAGAUAUGUUGCGUGCCUGGUACCCAGGACAUUCGUGCUUAUUCUAGAACUUCAACAGGCCUCGGGUACCGGGCUAAUACAUGUAUGUUGUUCCCUUUGAAUUUCUCGGAAUAUCAACUUGUAGAUAUUAAUUUAUCAUACCAGUAGAGUUAUCAAGUAUUUAUCUCUUUUAAGAGGACACGUGCCAUAAAUUUCCUCUCCUUUCAGAAUCUGUGCGUUUUUUUCUAGAAAUAAAAAAGACAUAUUGAAAAAUGUUUAUAUAUUUAUUUUAUAAUUCAUUGAAGUUUAAGGUCAUAAAUCGUUUUCAUUUUUUUUUCCAUUUGCUUUUUUGUGUGAUUUUCAAAUAUUUACACUGAAUUUUUGAAG